AUGACCGUGGUGUCCCAGGAGAACCGUGACGAGACCGUGGUCGUUACCCCUUUGUUGCAAGAUGCCGUCGACUUGGAGGAGCAGGAGUGCAGCGAAAGGGCAGUCAUCAAUAUCUCCGGCCUGCGCUUCGAGACCCAGUUAAAGACCCUCUCUCGGUUCCCAAACACGCUCUUGGGGGAUCCGUGCAAAAGGAUGCGAUUCUUUGACCCGCUGAGGAACGAGUACUUCUUUGACAGGAACAGGCCCAGCUUUGAUGCUAUCCUGUACUACUACCAGUCCGGGGGGAGGCUUCGGAGACCAGUGAGUGUCCCUGUGGAUAUUUUCUUGGAGGAAAUCAAGUUCUAUGAGCUCGAGGAGGAGACUAUUGAGCUUUUUCGAGAAGAUGAGGGUCUGACGAGGGAGGAGGACCGACAACUUCCCAAGAACGAGUUCCAGAGACAGCUGUGGCUGCUGUUUGAGUAUCCGGAAAGUUCAGGACCCGCACGGAUCAUCGCCAUCGUGUCCGUCAUGGUCAUCCUGAUAUCCAUCAUCAUAUUUUGCUUAGAGACGUUACCAGAGUUCAGAGAGGUGCCGGUGCAGGUGCACGACGCGCACAACAAUGGGAGCUCCCACGGGAGAAUGCACAGUCCCUUCACAGAUCCCUUCUUCAUGGUGGAGACACUCUGCAUUGUGUGGUUCUCCUUUGAGUUUACCAUGAGGUUCCUGUCAUGUCCCAGCAAGGCGGCGUUCUUCAAAAACAUCAUGAACAUCAUCGAUGUGGUGGCUAUUGCUCCGUACUUCAUCACCCUGGGCUUGGACCUCGCUGAGCACCAAGGCAGCAGCCAGCAAGCUGCCUCUCUGGCCAUCCUCAGGGUCAUCCGCCUGGUCAGGGUUUUUAGGAUUUUUAAACUCUCCAGACACUCCAAGGGCCUUCAGAUCCUCGGGCAGACCCUUCACGCCAGCCUCAGGGAGCUGGGCCUCUUGAUAUUCUUUCUCAUCAUUGGGGUGGUUCUCUUCUCCAGUUCAGUAUAUUUCGCAGAAGCAGAAGACCCUGAGUCGGGAUUCUCAAGCAUCCCCGACGCCUUCUGGUGGGCGGUGGUCACCAUGACGACAGUGGGAUACGGAGACAUGUGCCCCUCCACCAUCGGGGGGAAAUUCGUCGGCUCCUUGUGCGCCAUCGCCGGGGUCCUCACCAUAGCCUUGCCCGUGCCCGUCAUCGUGUCCAACUUUAACUACUUCUACCAUCGAGAGAACGACGAGGAGGACAACAUGCAGUAUGUUCACGUGACUUGUGGACAGCCGCAGAUGUCUUCUGGUGAAUUCGCUUCGAGUCGAAGCGAGCAGUCUCUGUCCAAAACCGAGUCAUAUCAGGAGGAGGACCUGGAGAGUCUGACCUACCCGAGCAUGACCCAGAUUGAGAGCUACACUGGCAAGCUGACCGACGUAUGA